AAUGUGUUUGGACCAUUGGGACAUUGGCGUAAGCUUAGCUUAUUUGCCACUCUGAGUACAGUCUAAAAUCCUUCUUGAAAUCGAUAUGGAAACUGCUUUCCUUUCCAGUAGUACAGUAUCGUACCGGCCGUCAACGUAGAAAAAAUAUUACUAAUCGUCCGAAUACAAAUAAAUUUUUUUUCGUUUAAAAUUGAAGUUGAUUAGAAUAACUUUCAAGUAUGAUUAUAAGUUUGGAAUAUAUGAAAAUUAUGGCUGACAUCAAAAACACAAGCUGUACUAAAAAGGAAUUUUGAAAACCGGUAGCAAGAACUUAUGGUUAAAUCUUCUAGAAUUAUGUCUGUAUAUAAAAUGGACGACUUUCAAAAAACGCUAGAAGAUCUUGCAGCUGAACUGGCUGCUGCAGAAGUUAUACGACAAUACUUACAAUAUCCCACUACUGCAGAAGGUUCGAGUGAAAUAUCUGAAGACCUGCAAAAAGUUAAAAAUAAAAUAAGUUUUAUUGAAAAGAAAAUAGGAGAUGUUAACAACUAUGCAAGUUUGUUUUCUUCAACGAAUAUAAUUUCGUCUCGAAAUUUUUUGUUGAAACUUGAAGAUUUGAAUAAAAGAUGGAAAUUACUCAAGUUAGCAGUUGACGGUCAAUAUAAGAUACCUAAUGUACUUGAUAUGGAGAAAGAUUCUCCGAAUAACCAGGAGUUUCUUACCACUAGCGUAGAACAACCUUGGGAACGAGCUCUUACGCCAUCUAAAGUGCCUUAUUAUAUAAACCAUCACUCAGAAACUACUCAUUGGGAUCAUCCUGCAAUGAUCGAAUUAAUGUCAUCAUUAGCUGAUUUGAAUGUUAUACGCUUUUCAGCUUACAGAACUGCUAUGAAGCUUCGAACGGUCCAAAAGAAAUUAUGUCUUGAUGUCUUAAGUAUGACCUCUGCCUUGGAUAAUUUUGACUCUCAUGGACUACGCGCUCAAAAUGAUAAAUUAAUUGAUAUACCAGAAAUGGUUACCAUUCUAACAUCACUAUACUCAUUCAUUGCCACUACUAGCACAGUCCAAAUUUCUAUAUCUCUUUGUAUAGAUUUAGCUGUGAAUUGGCUAUUAAAUGUGUAUGAUAGUCAAAGAACAGGUCACAUCCGAGUGUUAUCAUUCAAAGUUGGUUUAGUCCUGUUAUGUCAUGGAAAUUUAGAAGAAAAAUACCGAUAUCUAUUUCGUUUGAUUGCGGAUCCGAACAAACUAGUAAAUCAGCGGAAGUUAGGCCUUUUAUUACAUGACUGUAUUCAAGUACCACGUCAACUUGGAGAAGUUGCAGCUUUCGGUGGGUCCAAUAUUGAACCAAGCGUUCGAAGUUGUUUUGAAAAAUCUGGAAUGCAAAGAAGUGAAAUUCAAGUAGCACACUUUUUAUGUUGGCUUCAGCAAGAGCCACAAAGUAUGGUUUGGUUACCAGUGCUACAUCGAUUAGCAGCAGCAGAAAAUGCGAAACACCAAGCAAAGUGCAAUAUCUGCAGAGAGUAUCCGAUAAUAGGAUUCAGAUACCGUUGUUUGAAAUGUUUCAACUUCGACAUGUGUCAAAAAUGUUUUUUUUCUGGAUUUAAAGCCAAAAAUCAUAAACUGUCACACCCAAUGCAAGAAUAUUGCACUACCACCACAUCAGGAGAAGAUGUUCGGGAUUUCACAAGAGCUUUACGUAAUAAAUUUAAAUCAAAGAGAUAUUUCCAGAAACAUCCCAGAGUUGGAUAUUUACCAGUCCAGACCGUUCUUGAAGGUGAUGCUUUAGAAAGCCCUUUUCCGUCUCCUCAACAUGGUACAUUAAGCCAUGAUAUGCAUUCGCGUUUAGAAAUGUUUGCUUCAAGACUUGCUGAAGUUGAAUUAGCUCGGAAUACGAAAAAUUCUACUCCCGAAAGUGACGAUGAACACCAACUUAUCGCUCAUUAUUGUCAAAGUCUCAAUGAUAGUGCUAUAAAUAUUCCAAGAAGUCCCAUUCAAGUUAUAGCUGCUAUCGAUAUUGAACAAAAGAUUGAACUCGAAGCUAUGAUUCGUGAACUUGAAGAUGAAAAUUCCGUACUUCAAGCAGAAUAUGAAAAUUUACGAUCGAAAGAAAAUUUUGAGCUGAGUCUUGAAAAAUCUGAAAGUAUCCGAAAAUCAGACUCUGACAUGAUUGCAGAAGCAAAAUUACUCAGACAGCAUAAAGGCAGAUUAGAAACACGUAUGCGAAUACUUGAAGACCAUAAUCGUCAAUUGGAAGCGCAAUUACAGCGACUAAAACAACUUUUAAUCGAGCCAUCUGCGUCCCAAAAUGGAAUUUUACAAGCGAGGAAUGUGACAGCAUCCCAAUUAGCUACGGAUUCACCAGUCAGAAUCAACGGACACGGUACUAAUAUCGAAGGUAAUGGAGAAAGCCAAGAUAGUUGUAAUACGAAUUGUCAAGGACGGCCACCACCACCUCCACCUCAUUUACAAAAUCCAAGGAAUUUGUUGCAUGUUAAUGGUUAAUCGUUGAACAACCACCAUUUUAAAAAGACAGAACAACUACAUAAAUUUUGGGCUACUACUUGGGAUUAAAGCGAUCACAUCAUAUCAGCCCUGUGAAGACGAUUGCAUAAAAUAGGAGCUGCAGUCCAUGUUUAUUUAUUUUGUCUAAAACAAUGAAUUGUUGUAAUUUAUUUCGACGUGUCCAUCUUUGAGAUUUUCAAUAAAAUAGCUGUAGUUAAAUUCCAUUUUAAAUAGGAAUAAUUCUACUUACUCCAUAUCAUGGUCUGCUUUAAAAAAACUUGGUAGUUAAAUCUCGAUAAUAAUCUACUAUGAUUAAUAGGAACCUUAUUUAACCUUCUUACUCAUUCGCUUAUUUUUAAAUAAUCUUGUAACUUUUGUAUAUACUUUCAGUACAUCAUAUUAUGUAGUAGUUUGUUAACUCGAAAAUAAACGAAUCUACUCAAACGAA